AUGUUCUUCAUCGUCCCUGAACGAAAGGGUUCAAACCCACCUCCGAGCCCGACUUCCGAUGAACCGUCGGUCUCUCCGCCACAGAGAAAGCGCCAGCGCCAGUCUCCCGAACCUGAAGAGACAGCAGGCUACUAUCCCAAGCGUACGCCGAAGGCCUGCGAUCGGUGUCGUUUGAAGAAAGCCCGUUGCAAAUGGAAUGCUGGAAAGAUAUGCGACAAAUGCAAGCGAGACGGUGUCAUUUGCACGACAAACCGAGAAUCGAAAAGAGAACCCAAACCGCCGAAUGCGGCAUACGUUCAGCUGGUCGAGUCCCAGAGGGACUGUCUUCUGCGGGCGAUCAACAAGAUAGUCGAAGGAGGAUUGUCAAAUGAUCCUGCGGCCCUGGCGAACAUGCUGCAGGAGUUGGGCAUCCGGGUUCAAGAUCUCAAGAGAGCGCCGCAGGAAAAUGAUGUGGAUGAGCCUAUGACGAAUCCGGACGAUGUCGACAUAUUUCAAAAUGCGGCCGAGAUACAGGCGCUUCUGGAUGAUUGGACCUCGGAAAACGCCGGGAUAGAAACGCACAACCCUUUAUCCACGCUGGUGUCUCGUAACCGUGGAACACCUCAAUCUUACUUCGACUCACCACCUCACACCGAAUUUCAGGCAGGCAUGCCCCAGACUCUUUCAGACACAUCGGCGGAGGCGACAUGCACACAGGAUACGACGUUCUUGCCAUCAACAGGAGCUGAGGAUUGGCUGGUAUUUGACGGCAGUGCUGAUAGCUGGUUACUGCCUUUCACAGAUUCGCGCCUUGACGGGGUCAAAAGCUCAGUCGGAGUAUGA